GGCAAGUGAUUUGGGGUGAACUCAGAGCACGAAAAGCAGUGAGCCCAAUCACAUUCAUGUCUCUGAAAGAUGAACUAAUGUUUCUAUGGUAACAAGGAGAAAAUCAUCGUGAAUGUCUUGACAGGUGUGUGACAGUUCAACCUUAAAGCAUGUACGCGAAAGGAAAAGGUUCGACAGUACCUUCCGAUAAUCAAGCGCGAGAAAAGUUAGCCCUUUACGUUUAUGAAUAUUUACUACAUGUAGGAGCACAGAAAGCAGCACAGACAUUUCUAUCAGAAAUAAGAUGGGAAAAAAAUAUUACAUUAGGAGAACCACCAGGAUUUCUUCAUUCAUGGUGGUGUGUAUUCUGGGAUUUAUAUUGUGCAGCCCCAGAGAGGAGAGACACCUGUGAACAUUCUAGUGAAGCCAAAGCAUUUCAUGAUUAUGGGUUUGUCAAUUCCGGGUAUGCAGUAAAUGGUAUAGCACAUAACACAACAGCACCCAGUCCUCUAGGUCAGAUGGCACCUAAUGAAGGUAUACCAGGUGGUCCAAUGGGACCAGCAGGCUUUUUUCCAAACACUCACAUGAGGCCCUCUACACCGCAGCAGCCAGUUUCACAACCGUCCCCCCAUCCCCAGCCCCCUCAUGGGCAAAUGAUGCAGAACCAGGCGUUUAUGUCACCACGGUAUCCAGGUGGGCCCAGACCAGGAGUACGGAUGCCGCAACAGGUGGAUUUUAACCCCCCUGGUGGUGUUCCAGGACAACCUAUGAUGCCUAACAGUAUGGACCCUUCACGACAAGGUGAAGGUGGGGAGUUUGUUGGGUGGCAAGGACCACCUGGUAUGAGUCCAAUGAAUCCAAGGAUGAAUCCUCCUCGAGGUCAACCCCUUGGUCCCAUGAACCCAGGGAAUUAUGGAGCAAUGAGGCCACCCCCGAACAGUGCAAUGGGACCAGGAGGACCAGGGAUGCCACCUAUGUCGAUGCCUGGUCCAGGUGGAAGACCCUGGCAACCUAAUACAUCAACGAUAAAUUAUUCUUCGGCGUCUCCAGGUGGUCAUUAUGGUCCUCCAGUGUCCAGUACAGGUCCUCCUGGUCCUGGAACUCCUAUAAUGCCCAAUCCGCAAGGUACAUCUGGCCCUUAUUCCCCUGCAACUCCAAGAAUGAAUGCCCCCAACACGCGAAGAGAUUCAUCUAAUUCUGGUGCAGAUGGAAUGUACACAAUGAUGAAACCUGUGCCAGGUGGCAACAUGCCAGGGUUUGCAAUGGGUCCAGGUCCGGAUGGUCCAAUGGGCCCUAUGGGACCAGAUAUGGGUCCUCCUGUAAUGAAUGGCAUGUCUUCAGCUGGUGAUGGCCUAGAUGGAAUGAAAAAUUCUCCUGCUAAUGGACCUGGAACCCCAAGGGAAGAUGGCCCUCCUAUGAAUGAAUUUGGUAUUCCUGGUUAUGGACAGGAAAAUAUGCCGGGGGAUACAUCCGGGAUUGACAUGCAGUGCCAUUUGCAGGCUUGUGCCAGUCACCAGGGCGCACCCUUGUGAAAUUUAAGUGCAGGAUAAAGUUCCAGGAUCAGAAUGAAUCAGCAGCAAUACUGAAAAUCAAAGAGAGCAUGCAAGAGGAAGCCAAAAGGUUUGAGAAAGACACCCCAUCAGAACAUCCAGAAUAUUUCAUGCAAUAAUUGUGCUCUCAGUUCUGCUCUCCCACAACUAACCUGCCAGGGCACAGUGCCCUUCAUCAUGUAUCCCCACCUGGGGUUCUCCAGCACUUUGAUACCAAUUACCACUUGGCCUAAUUCCUAAACCUCAGAGACAGUGGAAUAGACCUAAACAAAUCCCUCAAAGAUUCCAAUCAAAAACCUCUUUGAUCAGAGCUUGUGUGUCAGUGUGGUGACUGUACUAUAGAACCCGUGUCAAGUUAGAUCUUCUGCAUUAUAUGAGAAUCAACUUUACGAGCAGAUUUAUUUCUUGAAAACCAUCUUUUAAUAUGACCUUCAUUUUUGUUCUUUCAUAAUAAGUAGAUCCCAUCAUUCUCAUUAAACUAAUUUAAACGUCAUUUAGCUUAAUGUACGAAGCUAGUUUAGAAAGUUGUUUGUAUGUAUAUAUAUAUAUCCCAGGUUUUACCACACAUACAUGCGAAAAAAAAUAUUCAAGUCAUAUUUAACUCUUGUGUACGCUCUGUUUUCUUGUAGUUGGAUUAUAAACGAUAUAGGAUUCUGUUCUUAUAUUUGUAUUGUGUGAACUUGAAUUUGUAUGAAGUUACACAAAUUUCUGCCGGUCUUCUACACAUUAAUGUAUGAUACAUCUUGAAAACUGACUGGUGGGUGUAAUUUUUCUCAAACUCAACAAGUAAUGUGUUUUUUUAGUUAUUAAAUGUGGAAAAGAAGAAUGUUAUGCGCUUUUGAAGUGAAAGGGAUCAAAGUGGGCUUGGUGUUCAGUGUCAAAGUCUUGCUUCCUUUGUACUUGGUACUUUCCUCUAUUUACUUCUGUCACUCACAUCAUGCAUCCUUUCUAAGAUGCUACUUGGAAAAAAUUUAUAUUUUCAAUGGGAGCAGGAAGUGACAAAUGAUAAUUUUCUGAAACUAUUGAAGCAUAGCCUCCCAUUCAUACAUAUGUUGAUUUUAUUUAUACGUAAACCAUGUUAAUGAUAAUAGUACUACUUCCAGUGGCUCCAUCUAUUUAUGUAAAGCUCUUGGAAUGUAACGUUGUUUAUAUGUUUUUGUGAAAUGUAAUGAGCAUUAAUUUUUGUUAAUCUUUAGUGUUAAAACAUUUAUAGAAGUAGAUGAUUUUGGGUAUGAGGUAGAACAAAGAUGUUUUAUACAGAUGAAAAAAGUAACGUUUAGACCAGCUCUCCAAACCCUGACACAUUAUUAGUGACUGUUGGUAAUUUUUUUUCAUCCCUUACCAAUUUUUUUCUUUCUCAGUUUUAUAAUUUGCUGUUUCCUUCAACUGAUAAUCAGUACAUACUGAGUACAAGUAAUGAUAGAGCUAGCAAAGAUACCAAGUGUGGAAUUAAGGGGUUUCAUCUAAGUUAUGUUAUUACUGUAUUUCACUUUUAUAAAAUACAGUUAAGCUGUUUUGAAUCUUAAAAAUUCAACAUUUAUUAGAUUCAUUUUCACAUAUUUAAAUCAAAAGCAACGAAAUUUUUAUAAUCAACACAAGCAUCUAAAAUAAAAAAUCAGUAUCAUGGAUAAGGUAUUUAUUCUGCUGUCCCUCCUCAUUUAUCACAAUGCCAAAUAUUUCUUAAGAUAAAAAGUUUUAAGUAUUAUGAUACAGAUAACAAAUAUUUUAAUUAAUUUUGCCCUCCCCCAGUUUUAAAAAGCAUUUAACUGAUGUAAUGACCUUAUUUUCUGAAGUUUUUAUCAAAUAGUAAAAGCUCAGUUAGUUUAUCUCUUCAUGUUUUGUACUCAAUAAGUUUGUGAAAAUCACUGUAUCUAUGAAGUAAGCACUUAAGUAGAAUUAUUUGCAAAUGAAAAACACUUUAAUUAAAACCUUCCAUGGAACUUUAUUUUUUAAAUUUAGUAAGUUAAUAAAGAUAUACUAUCUUUGUUAUUCAUCAUAGACUUUUAUGUUACAUAACAUAAAGCAGCACAGGCUGUUAAUCUAAGUUGAAAUUGAAAUGAAAAUAUUUUAAUUUGAAAAAUAUUGAAACUAUAUAUAUUGCAUACACUAGAUGUAUAUUUUAUUUGUUCACUGUCAGAGUUACAUUUUACAAAAUGGUGUGUGUCUGUUUGAAAACUCCUUUCAUUCUGUUUUUACAGAUUAACCAAGAAGUAGUAUUUUCUGGAUAUAUGUUGUUCAUCAAUUAAUGAAAGAAGAAAAAAGGUUUAAGCUGAUAUUUACUUUUGUGUUGUAUUUUCUCCAAGUAACAUAUUUAUUUUUUCUUAUUCAUUUCCAGUUGUGUUCAAGCUUUUUUGAUCAGUAGCUGAUGAUGCUAUGCAGAAGUGUUUUAAGCCAUUGAAUGAGGUGGUUGUUUCAUCAUUGACUCGGUAUAUUUCUCGCCCAUUUUUUUUUCUUUUUUUUUUUGUAUACUAA